AUGCCAGUAAUAAGAAGCGGCUCAACACGGGACAUUUACAAGGCACCCUUGUCUGCUGUCCUUCGUCGCCACGGCCGUGAGCGUCGUGAAGGCUGGAGUCAAGGUGAAGAUCCGACUGACUUCAUGCCUCCCCACCAAGACGAAGAGCCCAGCCAUGAGCCUGCUGAAUCCUCAAAAGGGAAACAACCUGAGCCUCAGCGUCUCCCAUCUAGAACUGGUUACGAUGCAGCUGUGCUUCUUGACUUGUGCGACACUAUUCGCAGCAGCCUGCACGAGGGACGUCCCGAGGACAGGUGGGAAGAAGCCAUGGGCUUUCUCGCUGCGCUGCUAAGAGACGAGGAGCAUUACAACCGCGCAAUAGAGUUCGAGACUAUACGCGACACGCACCUUGACAAGCUUAUAUCGGAUAUUAUGGACCCCAAAUAUCGCCACCCAAGAGUACCUAUUAGAUUUUCAAAAGAUGUUGAAAGAGCAGAGACCCUAGAACGGAAAUGGGUUGAGAGGUUUCGAGGUCCCUACUUCAAUAUGGAGCAAAACCGCUAUCGGGAUCUCCCCAAGACGGGACGGCUCAGGGAUGUGACUCUGAACCCCAAUGCAGACAACCCAGAGGAACGUUGGCAAGCCAAAGAAGGUAAGACCUUGUCAGAGCUGGAGGGUAAUCUGGAAAUCGAACCUGGGCAUUGGUGGCUUAACUUGGCUUGCGCGCAUCGGGAUGGUAUUGUUGGUAGUGCUCGCGAGAAACCUACCAAGGGCAAAUAUGGAGUUGCCGCAUUGCCGUUGCUCACAGGGCAAGAAAAAAUUGAUGAAGGGGAGGGAACCCUGAAAUAUGUCAGGCAGGGAAGAAUUACUGACAUACAUGUUUCGCUCAUAUCUCAAGUGGGAGCCACCUUUCGCAUCCUGCGAGGCCAUCACCUCAGAAGCCCCUAUGCACCAAAAGUCGGUAUACGUUAUGAUGGUUUUCAAUGGUUUAACGAAGUCAGCGACCGGCACCAUAUGAUGCUUACUUUGGAAAGAGUUGAGGAUCAGAAACCAAUAGAGGAUAUCUUGCAUAUACCCCGUCCAUCCGAGAUGGACGACUGGGAGCUCUAUGAGAAAUAUGAGGGCGAGGCGAUCAAAAAGCACAAGGGAAAUAAGGCCCUUCUCGACUAG